AUGGUUAUCUUUAUUACAAGGUUUGUGGACGCUUCAUGGACGUCCCAGACUGCUUCAGUGAGUCCCGAAGACACUCCGUAUGCAGUCCUUCGGCCUGCAGAGGAAUCGCACCAGAGGCGAAUUCAAGAUAUCCUCAGACGCAUUGAGGAUGGCGGCGUUCCUUCAACCGCGGCACAGUUUGAAGCGCUCUUCGUACAUCUGCUUCGAGAGGCAGGGAAUUACCGUGGCGGAGGACAACUCCAGAUAGGGAGGCUGAACAGUUAUUUGGCGCAGGACGAGGAGUUUUCCAGGACGACACUACCAUUCUUGGCGAGCGUUGCUAAGCAUAUAUCGGAUUUAUUCCCGAAGGGACUGAAACACAUGACGAGAUCCCACCCCUCGGUGCAUUUGCGGAGAAUUCAAGUACUUUGUUUGAUGGCUGCAAGCUUUUUUGGGAUAAUUCCUCAAAAACAGAGGAAGUUGUUGCGCAGUUGGGGCAGGUUGCGUUUAAAUGCGCUGGACAUGCAUCACCGGGGAUUCUUCGAACGGGAGCCGAAGCUGAAGGCCCUCCUGAUUUACUUCGGUUCCAUGCAAAAGACCAUGAGCGGUUGCUGGCAGCAGAUGCUUAAGGACAAUGACUUCACACAGGCGAAGUGUACGGCCACUUGCUUGUGUCAAGAAAUUACCUUUGAGGGGAGGACGAGAAAAAUUUCCCCAGCCGACGAAAUUAUCAGCUUUUACUUGCACACUCCGGAGGCUACCACAUUCGAGGCGCCUGAGGGGGAACAGGUGUCUCGAAGCGAAGUUGAUGUUAGUAAGAUCAUUUCUCAGCCGCUCCCCCUCUCAGGUUUAACAGUCGACGUGCAUGGAGACAUAACAAAGAGUGAUGGGGAUCUGCAGGUCGACUUUGCAGACAUGUAUGUUGGUGGUCUUAGCAUGUGGGCAGGCCACGUUGCCCAGGAAGAACUAAUAUUUGCGUUGAGGCCUGAGCUGCAUGUUAUUAUGCUGUUCCGGGAAGCCCUUAGAGAUGAUGAGGCAGUUGUUGUUAAGGGCGCUGAGAGCUUCGUACUGUAUUCAGGUUAUGAAGGUACCUUCCAGGUGUUUCCUCCUGUUGUUCCCGCUGGCUCUCAUUGGAGUGUCCACGGCCUUGCUCCCUUGGAUUCGAUGGGACGACGCGAGACAACUGUAGUCGCUAUUGAUGCCAUAGUUGUUAAGAAUGAAAGGGAGCAGUACUCCAUCCAGAGCAUGAAGCGAGAGAUCCUGAAGGCAGCUCUUGGCUUUCAGGGAGACCCGUUUGAAGAUGUCAUUCAUGAAACAAGGGCUGGGGUAGCGACCGGCAAGUGGGGAUGCGUUAUAUUUGGCGGUGACAACCAACUUAAGUCUUUAUUGCAGUGGAUUGCUGCCACAGCCGCCGGGCGAGAGAUGCACUACAAGGCAUUUGGGGACGCGACUUUGGCACACAUGGAGGGGACACUGUCGGCGAUUCGCCAUAGAUUCCCCACCACAAAGGAUCUUUUCGAGGCGAUUGUACAGUGCAUUCAGCAGAGGGAGGAGACACCCAUCGGCAACUGGAGCCUGUGGCAGUCGUUGCUGAAUCUUAAAGUAGGGAGUCCAGAGUGA